AUGGAACCACAUCAGCAAAUAUCUGCGCAGCCAUCGUUCAAUGAUUUCCAACAAGGACGAGCUGGACGAGGAAACGGUGCUCGAGCCCGAAGAUACGAUGUAGAGGAUAUUCCAAAGUUCCAUAGCCCACCACGCAAUCGUGGUCGCGCACCCUCUCCCCAGACCUUCAUGCCCCCACAAUUCGGACCUAAGUCACCAUUGCGUGCACCUGAUUCCCACAACAAGUCCAUGCCGAGUGUACCGCGUCAAGAGGACAUCAACGACUGGGAUGAUGUUUACUAUGAGGGCCACGAGUUCCAGAUUGCGACACGCCCCAUCCGCAUCCUAAGGCUUCUCGAAGCGGAGACGCCACCAUCUGGAGAUGAAUACAUCUGA